AUGAAUUGGUAACAUCCAUUCGUUGAUGUUUUCAAGUAAUUCGGUGUAUUUGAGAUAGCACAUACAUAGUCUAAAGGAUAGGUUUCAGUAGUUUAAGUAUUUGUUGUAAAUUAAUUGUUAGGAUAAUUCAAUAGGUAGAAAGAUAAUAAGAUUAUUGGGAGCUAUAUCAGCAAAUAAUAUGGUUUAGAUUCCAGAUCCAUGUUAAGGAAUUAAACAAUUAGGAUUAACUGGUCGAUAUAUUUAUAUAGAAUUCAUUCCAAUAAAGGGAAGAUAUUUUACAAUGCAUUUUGAUCUGCAAAUAAAAGAUAGAGAUCCUUUAAUUAAAUUAACAGUAUCAAAUAUGUAUGAUGUUCAUAAAGUAUGUAUCAUCAAUAUUUAAUUAUAAAUAGGUUUAAUAAUCUUAAUUAUUGAUUCCAUAUCCAAAGAAUGCUCCAAACAAAUGGACUAUAUUAAUUUUAGAUGUUGAAUACUUUUUAGGCAAUUUUGGAUUAUUACCAAAUAGUUUGUAUAAAUCAUUUAAAGGAAUUCACUCAUUAAAGUCAUUUUAAAUAUGCAGUUCAAUGAACAUAAGAGGAAUUUAUACAAGUGACAAUCUUUAUGAUUGGGAAACUAUGCCAAAAUAAAUGUUAUUUAAAUUAUCCAAAGGAUAGAAAUGGACUGAAGAAUACUAGAUUGCAUAUUGGCCAACAUUGGAUGUAUAACAACAUGUUUUUAAGUAACCUUUAGUAGAAGUAACAGCUGAUAUUUUGGAUAAUCUAUAGAAAAUAUAAGAGAACAAAGAGAAAUUCAAAUAGGAAACAUAGAAAUCAUUUAAAUAGAAUUAAAUAUAACAUAAUACAUAAUAAAUAGAGGAAUUAGUAAAAAAGAGACCAGGAGAUUAGAAUGUAGCAUAAAGUAAAUCAGUAGAUGCAUAAGAUCAUCCACUUUAACCUUAUCCAAUUCAAUAAUUAGAAAGGAUUAUAGGUUUUACAGUUAAUUCUUGUCCAGAUAUUAAAUGGGGAAGAUAAACAGAAACUUAGAAGUAAAUAACUUAUGCAGCUGGAUAAUUAUUAGUUUAAAGUAAUAUUUAAGAUGGCAAAUAAAAAUUCUUUAUGGGACACUCUAAGGCAAUAUGUUGUUUAGAUGUUAGUAAAGAUGGAGAAUGGUUAGUAAGUGGAUAGAGUGGAAAGAAUGCAAUUAUUAGAAUAUGGAAAAAUAAUUGUGAUUGUUUGAGUGCAUUUGCUACUCCUUAUUCUAAUUUAAAUUAUAUUUCAUUUAGUUAAGAUCGUAAAAUGUUAGUUACUGUUGGAUAGGAUGAACACAAUCGAGAGAUUAUUAUUGUUUGGGGAUUAGAAAAAAUAGAAUCUAAUAGAAAACCUAUUCUAUUUGCUAAAUAAACUAGUUCAUGUAAUGUAAUAGCUAUCAAGUUUUCUCCUGUUGAUAAUAAUAAAAUAUUAUCAUGUGGACAUGAGAAUAUAAGAUUUUGGAGAAUUAAGGAAGAGCAUUUACCAGGAGCGAGUGUUGUAUUAAAUCAUCAUGCUAGAAAUACUACAUUUACUAACUUUGAUUUUGAAUUUAAUUAUGAAGAUUAAAAUGUAAGUAAUAUUUAUUUUGGAUCUAAAAAUGGAUAUUUAUUUUAAGUAGCUUAUUAAAGUUAGAAAUUAAUGUAAGUAUAUAAAGUACACAAUGAUGCAGUUACAGCAGUUUGUUUAUCAGCUGGUUUUUGUAUUACUGGGAGUUUAGAUUAAUUUUUAAGAGUUUGGCCUUUAGAUUUCAAUGAAUUUUAUAUUGAAGCUAAACAUGAAGGAAUAAUUACUUCAUUAGAUAUAUCUAUUGAUGGUUUAUAAGUAGCAUGUGGAACUUCAACAGGAGGAUUAGGUAUUUUAGAUAUUAGUAGUCAUCAUUACAAAACUGUUAUUAGAUCACAUACUAAUGUUAUUAAUUAAAUUUAAAUGCAUUCUUUUUCAAAAUUAUUAAUAACAUUAUCAGAAGAUUGCACUAUUAGAUUAUGGGAUAUUGAGAAAUUAGAUUAAGUAUAUGAGUUUACAUUUCCAUAAGAUGAUAAAUGUGUCUGUUUAUCUUCAUCUCCAAUUGGAAUGUAUUUUGCAGCUGGAUUCAAAUCUGGAGUUCAUAGAAUAUUUGAUAUUGAAUAAACAUCUAUUCUUUUUGAAGGAAAAUAUCAUGAUUUAGAAAUUAAAUGUAUAUAAUAUAGUCCAAAUGGUUAGUAGUUAAUAAUUGGAGAUGCCAAAUCUAUUUAUAAAAUUUAUGAUGUUAGUAGAGAUUAUUAACCUAUUAAGACUAUUCAACAUUCUAUACAAUCUUAGAAUGUUUGUGGAUAAUUCUCAAAAGAUUCUGCAAUAUUAUCAUUAAUUGAGAAUUCUACAAAUAUUGAAUUAUGGGAUACAUCAUCAUUAUAAUAAAUUUUAAAGAUUUAAACUAGAUUCAAUUUAAAAAUAUUUAAAUGGGCUGAAAAUAAUGUAGAAUUAUUAUGUGGAACUUCUGAUGGUAGGAUUAUUAUUUAUGGAAUUGAAAGAAUUAAUGAAACAAUCACUGCAUAUUAUCUUAGGGAAUAAACAUUUAUGCAUAAAUAAUCAUUAAAUGAUUUUGUAGUCUCACCUAAUAUGAAAUACCUAUUUUCUGUAGGUGCUGAAUAAUAUUUAAAGGUUUGGGACUAUGAAUUUUAAAUAAAAGGACCAGGAUCUUGUUAAGUUUUUAUAGGUCAUUCAUCAUAAAUUAAUUCUAUUGAUUGUGCUGAUAAUGGUAGUACAAUUAUUACUGCAGGUGGAGAAGAAGGAAUUUUUAUUUGGAAAUUUCUUGGAUAUACUGGUAAAAAUGAAAGAUUGAUUAGAAUGGAAUAAGAAUAAUUAGUUCAAUAAUGUACUAAAAUUGAUAUGUAACCAGAUUAAUUUGAUUAAUAAGAAUAAUAAGAUGAAUAAAAUGAAAAAUUAGAUGAUUAUUAUGAUCUUUAAGAAAACAAUGAAAAUAUAUAACCUAACAAAGAUGCCCAUCUUCAUACAUUUCAAUAAAGUUAAUUAGUGGAAAUGUUUAGUUUAGUUAGACAAUUACCAUAAAAAGAAGAAUAAGAAGAGGAUUAAGGAUUAGCUAAUAAAAAUGUUAACACACCAUUCAAGCCUGAUCAUUUUAAACCAUCAAGAUUAUAAUAAGAUUUUAAACCGAUCACUUUUGAAUUUGAAAGAUAAAUCCUCAAUAGAAAAAGAUCUAGAAGCCAACUCAAAAAAUAAUAAAAUAAAUAAUAUAAUUCAUCAACUUAAUUACCUUUUAGAUAAUAUAUUGUACCAUAAUCUAAGGGACAAUCUUAAUAACCUACUUUAUAAUGCAAAUAUAUGAUAGGUUAUAAUACAAAAACACAUGAUAAUCUUAUUUGGUGUUAAUCUUAUGGUUGGUAUGCUUAUACAUCAUAAAAUUAUGUUAUCUUUGAAAAAUUACAAUAGGAAAGAGAAUAAUUAAUUUUAAGCUUUAAUGCUAUUGUAAGUGUUAUAUAUCUUAAUAAAACCGAAAAGCAUUUGAUUGUUGGACUGGCAUAAAAGGUAUAGGAUGCUGCUCCAAUAUACAUUUAUGAAAUAUAAAAUAAUGCUAGUUAAUUGGGAUUUAAAUAAAUUGCUUAGCUUAAUUUUCAUACUUAAGGGGUUCAUUAAAUUCUUUUUACUGAAGAUGAAAAAUACCUUGUUUCAGUUGGAAAUGGUAAAGAGUGCACAGUUGUAGUUUGGGAUUUCAUUUCUAAAAAAUUAAUUACUUCAUCAUAUACUUUAGAUAGAAUAAAUGAUAUCAAAAUUUCAAAAUAUACAUUUUCGAAAGAACGAAUUUUUGAAUUUGCUACUGUUGGUAGAGAUCAAAUAUAUUUAUGGGCAUUUACCAAAGAUUAUAAAUUAGAAUAUUAUGAUGUUUUCUUACCUAAAAAUAUUAAUACUAAUGAACUUGAAGAAAUUACUACUUUUGAUUAUGUAGUGUAUGAAGGGUAUAAAAAUAAAUAGACAUCAUAAUCUUUGAAUUUAUCAGAGAGAGUAUCUUUUGAUAAUAGUUAAUAAUCAUAAACUGUAAAAACAGAAGAAAUUCUUUUUGAAGAAGGGUCUAAAAAUUAAAUGUCUUUUCCUUAAUUAUAAUAAGAAUUAUCAUAAGAAUCAAUUAAAUAAUAGUAAUAACAAUAAUAAUAAUAAUAAUAAUAACAAUAAUAAUAAUAAUAAAAUAAAAGUUAAAUAAUUUAAUUACUUAUAUUAGGAUUGAAAACAGGGGAAAUAGUAAUAGUAAAAUAUGGAGAAUUUAAAUCAAUAUAUAGAAAAUAAAUAACAAAUGCAGAAAUCACUUAUCUAAAAGUGAGUUAAGCUGCAGGGAAGAUAAUUUUAGGUAGCAGUGAGAGUUCAUUUUUUGUAAUGGAUAUCAAAUCUAAUUUAAAUUAAUAAUCUUUUCUGGAAUCAGGGUUUGCAUUUUAAAGGAUCUAAUUACCUGGAAUGGUAUCAUCGUAUGUAUUAGAUCCCUUUUAUACUUAAGGUAUUUUUGGAUUAAGUAAUGGAAAUAUAUAUUUGAUAUCAUUUACAACAAAAUAAUAUUUCCUAUUGAAUGCUUCAAAUAGUGAUUAAAGUGAAAUAGAAAUUAAAUUAUGUAAAUUAUUUGAAGAUAACAUUCUGGUAACAACAUUCAAUUAAGGUAUUGUAAAAUUAUGGAGAAUGGACACAGCUGAAUUAUUAAUUGAACAUUAAUGGGAGAAAGAAAUUGUUUAGUUUUUUUAUGAUGCUCAAAUAAAACAGAUUGUAUUUAUUCAAGAAUUUGGUUAAAUCAAGACUAUAAAUAUUGAUAGAUUAGAUAUCUAUGAUUAAUACUAUCAUAUAGGUAAAGGAGGACCAGAUAAGAUAAUAUCCUGUGUAUUUGGAAUCUUUGACUCAAUACCAGGAAAGUUUGUUUUAGAUGAAAGUGGUUAACUUUUCUUUUUGGAACAUCUGUAUAAAAAUCAAGAAUAUAUUAUAAGAUAUAUAAAAGCAUUAGAAUUACCAAAUGUUAUUUAAUUAGUAGAAUAAUGUGAAAAAAGAGUGAUCUUUACAAUUGAAAAAGACACUGGAAUCGUUUCAACUUUAUAAGUUGAUUAUAAUUCAACUAGACAAUAUCCUUUUGCUUUUACUCUCUUUGAUUAGGUAAAUUUCUUAGCUAAUCCACAUGGCAAUUUAGAUAACGAACAAUCUCAAAAAGAUACAUAAACACUUUACUCAUCAGUUGAUGCUCAAACUUAAAUUAUACCUGCUUAAGGAUUUGAUAAUGUAUAUUUUGCAAUUCUCAAUACCUUAUAAUAUUUAUAUGGAAGAAAUUAUAACAAGAAAUAAAUUAUUUUACUUGUUAAUUUAAAUGAUUUCCCACUUUAUUUAUCAUUAGAUAAUAAUCUCAAAGUUUAUAUUGUUAUGCAAAGUAUUAUAUUUCAUUUAAUUAGAUGGCUCCCUUGAAAUUGUUUAACCUAAUGAAAGUCUUAAUCAAAAUUAAUUACAUAUUACUUAAUUAAAUAGUUAAAUUGAUAAUAUUCUAUGUCAGAAAAGAAAAUAAAAUUUUGUUAUCACCAACAAAACUAUCAUGAAUUUUUAUUAAUAUAUCUGA